AUGUCAAAAUCCAAAAUCCCUACCUGCUACGCCAGCUGCUCAAUCGGCACCAAACCAGAGCAUGACUUGCCGGCCAAGCUCAAGGCCAUCUCCUCCGCCGGAUUCGAUGCCAUUGAGCUUUCCAUGCCCGAUCUGCUAUCAUUCGCCAACUCUUACCUGGACAAGGAGGUCUCGAAUUACGACUUUCCCGAACUAUGCGAGGCAGGCAAAAAGGUGAAAGAGUUGUGCGAAGAGAACAACCUCAAAAUCCUUAUAUUGCAGCCCUUCGCGAACUUCGAGGGAUGGUCAGACGACUCGCCGGAGAAGGAGGAUGCAUGGAAGAGAGCGCAGGGUUGGACGCAGAUCAUGGAGGCGGUGGGAACUGAUAUGCUUCAGGUCGGCUCGUCAGAUACCCCCAACAUCAAAUCCUCCCCGACCGAACUCGCGCACGAUCUUGCACAGUUGGCAGAUCUUCUUGCACCCAAGGGCUUUCGCAUAGCAUAUGAGAACUGGUGCUGGGCAACCCACGCGCCAACAUGGAAGUCGGUGUGGGAGAUUGUACAGAAGGCCGAUAGGCCGAAUAUCGGGUUGUGUUUGGACACCUUCCAGACUGCUGGCAGCGAGUGGGCAGAUCCUACCACCAAAUCGGGAUUGAUAGAAGGAAUAAAUGAAGAGGCACUGAGAAAGGAAUUUUACGGGAGCCUGCAGGAGCUGAGUGGCACAGUUCCCAAGGACAAGAUAUAUUUCCUACAGAUCUCAGAUGCAUACAGGAUGGAUCCGCCAUUGUCACCGGAGCCGGAUGAGAGUGGCUUGAGACCACGUGGGAGAUGGAGCCACGACCACAGACCCUUGCCAUUUGAUGGUGGUUACUUGCCAGUUGUCGAGGUUACUAAAGCGGUGCUAGGAACAGGAUUCAGGGGAUGGUUUUCCACCGAGAUCUUUGAUGGACGCAUGCAGGAGAAGCAUGGAGAUGAUAUGGCCGCGUUCGCGAAAAAGGCUAUGAAGGCGCAUGAAAGACUAAUCAAAGAGGCGGGUGGAGAAUAG